AUGCGGUGUUUUUUCCGGGCGCGACGGGCGGCGGGGCCGCCAGACCUACACGCGCUACCAGACACGCUGGAGCUGGAGAAGGAGUUCCACUUCAACCGCUACCUGACCCGGCGCCGCCGCAUCGAGAUCGCCAACGCGCUCUGCCUCACUGAGCGCCAGAUCAAGAUCUGGUUCCAGAACCGCCGCAUGAAGUGGAAAAAGGAGAAUAAACUCAUCAAUUCCACGCAGCCCAGCGGGGAGGACGCAGAAGCAAAGGCGGGCGAGUAGACCUUGGAUCAAGGACCAGGCGAGCGUCGCAACUUCCCUUGGCUUUGCCCCCUUGCCUUCGUCUGCUCCCCAACU